GUCGAUGUUUCCGGUCUUCUUCCUCAGCGCAGCACAACAAUGGCGUCCUGUAGCGAGGAGUCUGCCACAGCCACUGGAGAAGAACAGACUGAAACUCUCGCGUCCGAGAAGAGAGAAGCCAGACUGCGAAAGUUUCGAGAGCUACAUUUCAAACGAAAUGAAGCACGGAAGCUUAAUCACCAGGAGGUUGUGGAGGAAGACAAGAGGCUGAAACUGCCCGCUAACUGGGAGGCUAAGAAAGCCCGGCUGGAGUGGGAGCUUGCUGAAGAUCAAAAGAAAAAGGACUGUGCUGAUCGGGGGGAGGAGUAUGACAGAGUGAAACUGCUGGAAAUCACAGCUGAUGAUGCAGAGCGAUGGGAGAGGAAGAAGAAGAAGAAGAAUCCAGACACAGGAUUUGCAGGUUAUGCUGAAGCCCAAUUCCGACAGUACCAGAGGCUCACCAAGCAGAUCAGACCAGACUUGGAAACUUACGAGAGGCAAAGGGAGGAAAGUGGUGAGGACUUCUACCCCACAUCCAAUAGCCUGAUCCAUGGCACCCAUGUUCCUACAAAGGAGGGCAUUGACCGCAUGGUGGAAGACGUUGAGAAGCAGAUCGAGAAGCGGGCCAAGUACAGCCGACGCAGGGCCUACAACGACGACGCCGACAUCGACUACAUUAACGAGAGGAAUGCCAAGUUCAACAAGAAGGCGGAGCGUUUCUACGGCAAAUACACAGCAGAGAUCAAACAGAACUUGGAGAGAGGAACAGCUGUCUAGUGGGUCCAGUCACCUCAGCGGUUCACUGCUUCAGCUUUGUCUUCAUUUAGGAGUCUCGGAUUCAUCAGCAAGACUCCACGUAUUUACGAAUUAAACAGAGUGUGUAUUGUAAAGGCAGUUUUUAUAUCAUGCAGAUGUUACCCCGAGCUGAAAGUUAAUACAAUAUUCCUUAAGCGAUUUAAUGUUUGGUGUUGCUUUGUACAGUAUUAGAAGUUUAAACAACUCUGUUAUUAUCCUUAUUUUUUAAAUAAACCACUUCCAAUUAUGCAGUUA